CCAAAGUAGAUUAAAUGAAUUUAUUUGUUUUGUGUGGCAAACAGAGUUGAGGAGAUGUGGAGCAUAAUAUCAAGCCAACAUUGUAGCUGGGCAGGCGGAGGUCAGCAACAACACCAAAUUUGCUAUACUCAGAGUAACAAAUUUGCUUAUCUUCAAUUCGGAGGAACCAACUUCUCUCAUGCUCUCUCUGCUUUCCACAACUUAAGUAGCAAGAAAUACCUCAGCUUCUCCACCCCAUUGGAUGAUAAUAAUGUUCCUGAUGAAUCACAAGGUGGUGGUGGUGGUGGUGGUGGCGGUGGUGACGGUGGUGCUGAUGAUGACGGUGACGUAAGUGACAAGAAAGAUGAACUUGGUGGGGUUAAUAGUGAAAUGCUGAGAAGGAAUCUUGAAAAAAUUGUGGGUACUGAUGAUUCUGCAUUUAAUGGAUUAGACCUUGCAACUCUUAUAAGAAACAAGUAUGGAAGGUCUUAUGAUGUUCAACUUAUCAAGAAGGAGUUCAUGGGAAGAAAUCUCCUUGCUCUAAAUGUCAUGUGGAGGUACAUGGAGCAGAGAUCAUUCCCACUAACUGAAGAAGAGUAUAUAUUGAGGCUCGACGAUGUGGCGAACACAUUGAAAUGUUGGGGAGCUGUAUCACACAUUAGAGACAGCUUGGCAAGGUCAAAAGAGCGACCUCGGAUAGGAAAAGCAGUAAGCAUUUUUAUAGACAUGGAUGAGUCAGGAGGGCGGGCAAAUGAAUGGAUUUACCGGUAGAUGUUCCAUUGGACGCGUCCAUCAUAUCAUGCUGCUUCAUCGGCUUUUUAAUUGUAUAGCUCAUACAUACCACAAACCCAUGCUCAUCAUUCACUCUACUCUCUGUAAUUCCAAAGCCUUUAUAUUGCAAUGCAAGAUGCAUUUCCUUUA